AUGCGCUUAUUCAAUCGUCAUACGUUUAAAACUUCUCUUACUAUGAUGUUUUUAAUGUUUACUAUUGCCUAUUACUGCCAUUAUUCUUAUUUACAAGUGCAUCCGAGACGAUCACCGCAGUCUACUGUUCGUAUUAUGUACGUUGUUCGAACAGUUUCAAAAUACUAUUCAACUCGUCUUAUAUAUCUUCUUCAAACAUGGAUUCCACUUGUUCAUGAUGAUGUCUUUUUUGUUAGUGAUAUUCUUCUACCAAAUGUUACCCGCACUCAUAUUAUUCCUACGGAAACAGCAUGUGGUCCAAGUUCACAUUCAGUAAGAUCUCUAUGUUGUCAAACGACUCAUGAUUUUAUUCUCUAUCGUCGUCAUGCAUUUCAUUACGAUUGGUUUUGCCAUUUUGACGAUGAUCAAUAUGUUCAUGUCAAUAAUCUUUACGAAUAUUUGUCUACACUUGAUCCUGAUCGGCCGUAUUAUAUUGGACGUAAUUCAUGGAAUAGUACAUUCAAAAGAACGAAACAUCCUUAUCCAAGCCACUUUUGGUUUGCGACAUUUGGUGCUGAGGUUUGUCUAUCGAAACGUACUCUUGAUUUGCUUGAAUCUCAUACACGAACUACUUCACAGUUUAUGAAUGGAUGUAUUCGAGAAUUUUAUCCCGAUGAUAUUUAUCUCGGCUUUCUCAUUAGUAAUCAUCUCAACCUAUCACUGACAAAAAAUCUUCGUUUUCAUUCUCAUCUCGAACGUUCACUAUUCAGUCAGAAUCAUAAACACUCAUUUAUGAAAACAUUUCAUCAGCAAAUUACAUUCGGUUUUUGGCUGCCUGAAGCAGUGCCUCGAUUUCUCCCACAUUUGUUCCCUAUAAAUAUCGAUCCACUUCGCAUGCGUACACUUCAUUGCCUUCUCUACGCACAACUAGAAGAUUGUCAAAUAAGAAUAAGAAAGCAUCUUUUUAAUAUGACUGAAUGA